AUGGCUACAGGAAUGUACAUGCAUGGAAGCAUACCGAGGUCGAGCUCAACGUCAGAUCUGUUUGACGCUUCAAUACCACAUAAUGUCAAUAGUAGGAGACGGAAGGCUGGUAGUGGAUUGAAGAACAGUUUCUCGUCGUUCGAUGUAUGGUCAAUUCCGGCUUCUUCCCCCACAGAGGCGACCUCGUCUUCAUCAGCAGCUUCUAUUAGAUCGACGACCACAACAAGAACUGCAAGGAGGCAUCAACCCCCUCCUCCAAGACCGUUGACGCCAUACCAAUUGCAGAGGAAGCAGAUGAAGAGCUCAUUUCAAUUCCCUAAUGGUGAAAAUUUCACACCUAGGAAUAAGCGUAUGACGAAAUCUUCGAGUGCCAUACAGCUGGCAACGCCAGCUGUGCAUCAGCAAGCACCAAUCCAACUACCACCACCGUCGAGGGCUCAAACUUUAAACGGGUUUAGGGCUGGUCGUAAUUUUACUAUGGACGGUAUGCCGAGAUCACAGUCGUUAACAUCACUGUCACCUCAACGUACAAAUACGCCGUGGAAAAAUAACCUAUUGGGAUCACACCCUGGUAUAUAUCCGUUUGCGAAUUCGAAUUCAACCGAAACUACUUUGAGUAGUAAUGGUAGUAGUCGAAGUAUUCGUAAUGGUGUUCGUACUAGCUCUGGUAGUGUUCAAAGUAGACCAACAACUGUCAGCACACCUGAUAGAGAAGUGGCACCAUCGUUUAAACCAUUUUUGCCAACAGUUGAACCAGGCGAUUCCCCUCCAAAGAGUUUAGGUAGCUCAAACGAUGAAGAUUUUCAGUCUGCAAGAGGCUCUUUAAUUGAGGAAGAACAGGAAUCACCUCAAUUGGAACCGAGACUUUCACUUCAAGUUGGAUUGGAACCAGAACAAAUUGCAGAUGACCAAUUGGAUGAUGAACUCAGCAUCUACCAGGAUGAAGUUCCAGUGCAAGCACCAGAACCGAAGCCGGAACCAGUGCCAGAACCGUUAAAGAAGCGGGAAGUACGGGAACCAAGUGUCAAGGAGCAUGUUACUAGACAAACAGUGCAGCAACUGUCACCCUUGGCAAGCAAUGACGAUAAAGUUUCUAGAAAAUCAAAAGUUGGUAAAUUCUUUCGUAGAAUUCUCCACAAUUCGACCCCUAAUGCGUUAAGAAAACGUAAACGUAACCAAACGCCAAGUUCGAGUAGUUCGGGUUCACCGGUUAUCGCACCAUUGCAUAAGGCAAGACACCGUAACGUUAGUGUUACGGAUGAAGGCAGUCCACUACCAAGUAUAAAAAGUUCAAGCGUACAAAAGACACGUUCAAAUCCAAGACAACAGCAAAAACAAAAGCAAGACACUCGCAAUAGUCGUAACGAUACCGAAACGAGUUUUAACGAUACCACUGAUAAAUGUCGUCAAUCAUCUUUAACACCAUCAUUGGAAGCGGAGGAAGACGUUCUUAUGGAUACAGAUUUAGUAUUUGAUAGUCUUCUACUGAAGGCAGAUUCAAACCAUCCUUCGACAUGGAAUAGGCAGCGGGACCUGCAAUUAAAACUUCAGACGCUUGCGUCACCUAAAAAAUCUCCUACAGAUGAAAAGGAAGGUGAAUCUUUCAGUUCGAAUUCGAACUCUUUAGUCACACGACAAACUGAUGAUGACGAAUCUAAUGUCGACUAUGAAUUAAUCCAAGAAUUUUCGAAAUUAGGUAACUAUAUCGAAGGACCGUCAAAUGCAAUUGAACAAAAUAAGGCUUUAAAAAAUCAAGAAAUUCCACCGAGUACCGAUUUACCACAUACCACUUUACCACCACGAAGAUCACCCAGAAGACCAAAUUUGCCAAAUAAAAGUUUAGUUCAGUCGUUUUACGGUCAUGAUGACAGUAACACCAGGAUAAUUAAAAGAUUGCAAAAAAAUUGGGACAAUGUACAUUUUGAUAGUGCGCCACCUUUGACUACCAACGGAGGUGCUCGUGAAAAAAGUCUAAGGUUUGCACAAGAUGUAUACGUCAAGGAUACCUGGUCGCCCGUCGAAUAUUUUAGAAGUGAUAAACUUUUCAUUAAAGAACGUCGCCGGAUGAUGCAGUUAGAAAAUAGUGGAUUUGUGAACUCCAUUAAAAGGGAAUUAAAUGAAUAUAAACGAGACGAAAUGGCGGUUCAUAUCGAUAGUGCCAAAUUUACACAUUUUUUUGUUUAA